UUUUCUCUAAAAUUGUACAAACUUUAAGAACAACGAGUGGCGAGCUUUGAAAACUAAAUACGCAAAUUAUUAUACUGAGAAUGUUGCUUUCUUUGUCUUGAAUAAAGUUGGCCUCCAAAAAUCUGGGUGUAGUCCGAAAAGCUAAUAUAAUAUUUAUCGGCCGAAAAUCAUUGAUGCUCAAUAAAAAGAAGAAUUACAGGUGAAAUGUCAAAAUGCAGGCUGGAAAAGGAAAGUGCAAAUAGGAAGUGUAGCUCCAGCAAGGAAUCACUACGAAAUAUUUGGGCUGCUUCGGUUACGCUUGGCAAGGGAAGUGAUACAUUAACCAAUUCAAAGGCUUCAAAGGAAUACGAAGAAAGCAGUAAGUCGAAAAGUCAGUAUCGGGCGAAUCCAAAUAUAACAGCGAAACAACAUAGAUUUUCGCGACUACAAUCCACAGAAAACCAAGAUUCUACAGAUUCACAUGUUGCAACUGUAGCGUCUGACAAAACAGAAAAUUUUACUACUAUAACAUUCAAUUUACCAAAGCACAACACUUGGUUAAGGAAUACCAAACCUAAGCAUGCAAGGCAAUCAUUUCUAUAUGAACAUUAUCCCCUCAAACCUUCACUGCUGUAUGGUAGUCCAUCAAAAGUCGGACAUGAUCAUCUAAAACUUUUGGACCAGAUUUCUUAUUUGCCACAAAAAUCACUGCAUUCCAUUUCCGCAUCAUUGACCACUUUUCAAUGUGCUUUGGUGAAUCCGCGAAUCAGUCCAGCGGAUAGGCAGGAAAAUUUGCAGCACACACGUCUAGGGAGUGGAGCGGAAGUAAGCAGCAAUAACGAAGCUGUCAUUUCUGAUACGGCAAGGAAGACAAGAAGUGCGUAUAAAGCAGAAGGGGAAACAGUGGAAAAUGUUUGUGCGAAAUGUCGCCGCAAUGCAUUUUUAGUCUCACAUGGCUCGCAAUAUUCCACGGACACUAAAAGCACAAUUAAAGUUAGAGAUGUGAACACUACGAAGAGUUUAGGCGAUACAACACAACCGAAAGGCCACACUACUUUGUCUGAGAAAGAUAAAUCCGACUUUGAUGACCAAACAAAUUUACAGCAACAGGAUUCACUGUUGUUGUAUCGCAACAAGCAGCAACGUUAUCCGCAAGAAUAUAAGGCAGAAUUAAAUGAGGGCAACAAGGAUGUGCUUCCGCUGGCUUCGUCGCAAUCCAGCGUAGAUGUAGAGAAAGUGUCAACCGCACAAGCAACCGCCUCCACCAAUUCACUCGCACCGGACUACAAUGCGUCUGUACCCAUUUUCGAAGUGCUAACGGCAAACACUGUCCACAACUACACUAACCAACUGCCAUUAAAACAUAAGGAUUCGCUAUUGCUUUAUGCAAAUUUAAAGAAAAAACGACGGAAGUCAUGUAGCGUUAAAAUUUUGGAAGUUCGGGAGGGUAAACUUUUACGUUUUGUUAGGUUUUCUGACGAGGCGCAUCUCAUACGUAAGCCGUCAGACGAGGAUAUUAUUUUUAGCAGUGCUCGAAGAUUAAACCACAAAGCACAAUGCUGGGAUGAAUCACGCAUUGCUUGGCUGGCUGAGUUGGAACGUCGCCAGGAGGUUCGUAGGCGGCGAAAGAGACGCUCAGAAUAUCAAAAGUCGAAACAGAAUGCAACCAAAAGCGUUUUUGGCCAAUGUACGUUCUUGUGUCAAAGAAUACGUUUGUGGCUGGCUAAUUUGAUCAUUUAAUGCAAGUAGAUGUACUGAUUAAUAUGUAUAUUUUUUAUUCGAAGCUUCUAUACCUUGUUAUUGACUCAUUUAAAGAGAAAGUGAAUUAGUUAAAAAAAAAUUACGUUAGCAGUUGAAAUAAAUUGUUGAUUCUGACGAUUACCUUGAA